CCCUAAGAGGAUAGUAUGACAGGGGAGUUGCCAAUAGUCUGCGGCUCUGAGCGACCUUCCUUACCUCGACCAUAACAGCGAAACUAUCAUCGGCACCUUCUUCAUCAUUAAUCCAUCUGGCCACACUAUAGUAACAUUAAUCGAACCAGGACUUGUUCCCUGACUCCUGCUAGCACCUCUUUGCCACUGUCGUGCUCGCAGUCAUGACGGCGAAAAGCUGCGCUGAGUCAAUCACGCCUCAUCGACGCGCGCACUCGCAGCGGAUAGAUUGGUGUAGACCUCUCGUUCUCGCUGUCGUUCUCUUGAGCCUCUGGACCUGGAAACUCACUGAUUAUCUCCAUGCCCGCAAUGCAAUUCUCCAUCCACACCGUGCCCCGUUCCCGGUCUUCGCCGACUGGGACGACGUCCCGACCAGCGAGGAACUGCGCUGGGUGCGAUGCGUAUUGCCCGGCAUGGUUUCCGCCGGCCGCAGCUACAUGUGCGCCCGCCUGACCGUGCCGAUGGAUUACCAACGUCCUCUGAAUAAGUCCUCUGAUAGCCCCAAGGUCCACAUCGCCAUGGUCCUCCUUCCCGCCCUCGGCCACGGCUUGGAAACGGGCCGCUUCUCCGAGUCUCCGCUUCUUGUCAACCCCGGCGGACCAGGUGGGUCCGGAACCGCUUUCGUGCUCCCACCCUACGGCCCCAACCUCCAGUUGGCCGCUGGAGGUACACUCGAUCUUAUAGGCUUCGAUCCCCGGGGCGUCGGAGCCACGACGCCCCGCGCCGACUGCUUCGUCGAUAUCGAGCCGGGCCAUGAGUCCUCAACCAGGGCGAAGAACCUCGGCUACUUGCACCGGUUGACCUGGCUGGCGAUGGGUCACGAUGUCGGUCUGCUCAACACCACCGCCGCCGCCGAGGACCAGCUUGUCCACAGGACCAAGGCGGCGUCCAAGUUGUGUUCCCUUAAGGACGGGGAAGCGGGCGGGUUCAGAUACAUGGCGACACCGAAUGUGGCGGCCGACAUGAAGACCAUCAUCGAAGCCCACGACGCGUGGCUCAAGGAUAACGGAUUCGACACAAUUCCGCUCAGCGCCGCCGGUACGCUUACAAAAAGUGAAGCGGCACCCCCUUCUACCAAAGGCAAGCUUGUGUAUUGGGGCUUCAGCUACGGCACAUUCCUUGGCCAGACUUUUGCGGCCAUGUAUCCUGAACUGGUGGGACGCUUGAUUCUCGACGGUGUCGUUGAAUCCGGGGCGUACGAUGCCCCUACGUGGAUCUCGGCCAUACAAGACGCAGACGCGGUCCUCAACAAGUUCUUCUACUUCUGCCAUCUUGCCAAAAACGGCUGCGCUCUCUUCCGCGAUGGCGAUGACGGUCCAGCUCCCGUCAAGGAACGAUAUAAACAGGUCAUGGCCAAGCUGCGGGGCGAACCGAUAAUUGCCGUCUCUACCUCGGGGCACAUGCCCGUCGUGCUGAUGGAAGCCGACAUCAAGAGGGUGCUCUUCACCUCUCUGUACUCUCCCGUCAAGACAUUCCCUCUACUGGCCAAUUUCUUAAACCGAUUGUUCGUCGGAGACGACAUCUCCGAGUGGUUGAUUGUGCCGGACUUCGGCUUCAUUCGUGAUCCCAACUUCAAGCUGCCGCUUUACCCCGAGGAGAGCACGUGGGCCGUCUUAUGCAGCGACAGUCGGUACCGUCGGAACGAGACUUGGGGGGAGACUUUCGACAAGGUGUCCAAAUACAGCACUUCGGUUGCUGACGUCUUCACGACCAUCAUGAUGACCUGCGAAGGCUGGGAAAUCGAAGCCAAGUUCCCCAGCCCCGACUGGGACGCAAAUCUACAGAGCCCGGACCCGGUCAACAUCUCCUUCCCGAUCCUCUUCGCAGGCAACACCCACGAUCCCGUCACACCUCUCUCUUCGGCAGUCAAAAUGUCACGGAACUUUGCCAACGCCGCCGUCUUCGAGCUCGAGGCUGAGGGCCACUGCACCCUUGCCGCGACCUCGCUCUGUGCCAUUACGAAGAUCCGUGACUACCUACAAAAGGGCAUCGUCCCAACGCGGUUGACUGUCGCCGCCGACGGCACUCUUUCGGGUUGGGACAAGUGCAAGGCCGAUGAGAGGCCUUGGAAACCCUUUCUGGGCGGGCCUGGCGAGCUGGAGGGUGGCGUGCGGGCGGAGGACCUACAUGCCUUGCAGGGGUUGAGAGACGUGCAUGACAAGGUCGUCGGCAGCUUGACACCGCCUCUGAAGCUGCGCCUUGAUUGAUGAAUCAAGCUCCACAAUCCGCGAUCCCGCAUAGAUCGUAAUCCUGAAUGCGGUUUUCUCGACAUGGUGAUCUCGCCGGCACUUGGAGAGCUUGUUCCAUAUCUUACGGGGUGGGGACAAGACUUCUGGCCAGGCUCUGUAUGAAUGGGAUUUUGAUGGUUC